CGGGCCGCCGCCAUCUUGGAGCCCGGUGGCUGCCGGGAGCGAUGACGCUGUUACCAUGGUAACGGCGGGGCGGGCGGGACCGGGGCGGAGCUGAAGGAGCAACUUCCGGUGUGGGCGGGGCUAGGCCGGAAGUGGCAGGAGGAGCGGCCGUGGGGCUCGGGGCGCCCAGGGGGCGAUGGUGGUGCCGGGGCUGGAGCUGCCCGCGCAGGCCGUGGCCGGGAUGGUGGCCGACGUGGUGUUCGUCAUCGAGGGCACGGCCAACCUGGGGCCCUACUUCGAGUCGCUGCGCAAGCAUUACCUGCUGCCCGCCAUCGAGUACUUCAACGGCGGCCCCCCAGCUGAGACAGACUUCGGGGGAGACUACGGGGGCACCCAGUACAGCCUGGUGGUGUUCAACACGGUGGACUGCGCCCCGGAGUCUUAUGUGCAGUGUCACGCCCCCACCAGCAGCGCCUACGAGUUCGUCACCUGGCUGGACGGCAUCCAGUUUGUGGGGGGCGGCGGCGAGAGCUGCAGCCUCAUCGCCGAGGGGCUCAGCACGGCCCUGCAGCUCUUCGACGACUUCAAGAAGAUGAGGGAGCAGAUAGGCCAGACCCACAAGGUCUGCAUCCUGAUCUGCAACUCGCCCCCCUACCUGCUGCCGGCCGUGGAGAGCACCACCUACUCCGGCUACACCACCGAGAACCUGGUGCAGAAGAUCGGAGAGCGCGGGAUCCACUUCUCCGUCGUGUCCCCCCGCAAGCUGCCGGCGCUCCGGGUGCUCUUCGACAAGGCCACGCCCGGCGGGAUGCUGGAGGCCCAGCCCAAAGACUUCAGCCAGGAUCCCCGGCACAUGAUCCUCAUCCGCGGCAUGGUGCUGCCGGUAGGUGGCAGCGCAGCCUCUGGUGCCAUCCAGCCCAAGCAGGUGGUGCCCCAACCGCAGCUCCCCACCGCGCCCCCGCAGCACCCGCCGGCCCCGCAGCAGCCCCUGCCGCCCGCCGCCCAGCCCUACCAGGUCCCCCAGCCCAGCUCCCUCAACGCCGCCCAGGCUGCAGCGCAGUCUGCCGUGGAGGCCGCCAAGAACCAGAAAGCCAGCCUAGCCUCGCGCUUCACCCCGCUGAACGCCUUGCAGACGCCCUUCAGCCAGGCGCCCGCGCAGCCGCUCCCCGCCGGCUCUGUCCCGGCCAUGGCCCCCAAGCUGCCGCCCUCCUCCCAACCCAGCCUGGUGUCCACCGUCACCACCGGCUCCAGCCUGCUGACCCAGCCGCCCGGCCAGCCCCCCCCGCAGCCCGGGGCCCCAGCCAUGCCCAGCAGCGUGGCGCCCAGCAGUGUCAGCGUGACCCCCCCGGCGGCCCCCCAGCUGGGGGCGGCCCAGCUGUCGGGGGCCCAGCAGUCGGUCACCAACAAGGUGCUGGCCUGGAACGGGGUGCUGGAGUGGCAGGAGAAGCCCAAACCGGCCUCGGUGGACUCCAGCACCAAACUGACCCGGUCGCUGCCCUGCCAGGUGUACGUCAACCCCGGGGAGAACCUGAAAACGGAUCAGUGGCCCCAGAAGUUGAUCAUGCAGCUCAUCCCGCAGCAGUUGUUGACCACGCUGGGCCCCCUGUUCCGCAAUUCCCGCAUGGUGCAAUUCCACUUCACCAACAAGGACCUGGAGUCGCUCAAGGGGCUUUACCGCAUCAUGGGCAACGGCUUCGCGGGCUGCGUGCACUUCCCCCACACGGCGCCCUGUGAGGUCCGGGUGCUGAUGCUGCUCUACUCGUCCAAGAAGAAAAUCUUCAUGGGGCUGAUUCCCUACGACCAGAGCGGCUUCGUCAACGGCAUCCGGCAGGUCAUCACCAACCACAAGCAGGUGCAGCAGCAGAAGAUCGAGCAGCAGCGCAGCAUGGCCGGCCAGCAGGUGAGCCCCGCCAUGGCCCCGGUCCCCAUCAUGGACGACCAGCAGCGGCAGCAAAGUCUGUUGCAGCUCCGGGUGCAGCAGCAGCAGGCGGCAGCCACGCAGCAGCAGGCGGCCCCAGCUGCCCCCCAGCCCCCCCCGGCCCCUGGCCCCCCCCAGGCUGGGCCGCAGGCCACGCAGGGGGGGGCCCUGCUGCGACCCCAGAACCCCGGCGCCAACCCCCAGCUCCGCAGCCUCCUGCUCAGCCAGCAGCCGCCCCAGACUGGAGUCCCGCAGUCCCAGCAGCCCUUGCACCACCUGCAGCAGGCGUCCCAGGGGCUGCUGCCCCAUCAGGCCAUGGGGCAGCCUAUGGGGCAGCCGCCGCUGCAGCUCCCUGGCCAGCCGCUCAUGCACCAGGCGCCCGGGCAGCAAUGGCCAGGCCAGAUGGCCCCGCGGGCCCCACUGCCAGGUCAGAUGCUGAUGCCCCCGGGGCCCCGCGGCCCCGGCCCCCAGCCCGGCCUGCAGCCACCCAGCGUCAUGGAAGACGACAUCCUCAUGGACCUGAUCUGAGAGCAGCGCCCCCUGUGUGUGUGGGGGUGUCUGCACCUGUCAAUAAACCUCCUGCUGUCCCCA